GCUCGGGCCGCGCGCUGCCCGCGCCGGGUCCCGGCGGGCGGCGAGGCUGGGGCUGACUACUGCCUCAGGAUGCCGGGGGAGGAGGAGGAGCGGGCCUUCCUGGCGGCCCGCGAGGAGCUGGCCAGCGCCCUGAGGAGGGAUUCCGCGCAGGUGUUUUCCCUAGAGCAGCUCCGGCCGCUCCUAGUCAGCUCUCUGCCGCCAGCCGCCCGCUACCUGCAGCUGGACGCCGCACGCCUGGUUCGCUGCAACGCUCAUGGGGAGCCCCGAAACUACCUCAACACCCUGUCCACGGCCCUGAACAUCCUGGAGAAAUAUGGCCGCAAUCUUCUCAGCCCUCAGCGACCCCGGUACUGGCGUGGCGUCAAGUUUAAUAACCCUGUCUUUUGCAGCACGGUGGAUGCUGUGCAGGGGGGCCGAGAUGUGCUGCGGUUAUAUGGCUACACCGAGGAGCAGCCAGAUGGGUUGAGCUUCCCCGAAGGGCAGGAGGAGCCAGAUGAGCACCAGGUUGCUACAGUCACAUUGGAAGUACUGCUGCUUCGGACAGAGCUCAGCCUGCUGUUGCAGAAUACUCAUCCACGACAGCAGGCACUGGAGCAGCUGUUGGAAGACAAGAUUGAAGAUGAUAUGCUGCAGCUUUCAGAACUUGACCCCCUAUUGAGAGAGAUUGCUCCUGGCCCCCUCACCACACCUUCUGCCCCAGGCUCCGCUCUUGGUCGCUGCUUCCUCUGUGGUUCUGCCCCAGGCACACUGCACUGCCCAUCCUGUAAACAUGCCCUCUGUCCAGCCUGUGACCACCUAUUCCAUGGACACCCAUCCCGUGCUCAUCACCUCCGCCAGACCCUGCCUGGAGUCCUCCAGGGUACCCACCUGAGCCCCAGUUUACCUGCCUCAGCCCAACCACGGCCCCAGUCGACCUCCCUACUGGCCCUAGGAGACAGCUCUCUUUCUUCCCCUAAUCCUGCAAGUGCUCGUUUGCCCUGGCACUGUGCUGCCUGUGCCAUGCUAAAUGAGCCUUGGGCAGUGCUCUGUGUGGCCUGUGAUCGGCCCCGAGGCUGUAAGGGGUUGGGGUUGGGAACUGAGGUUCCCCUUGGAACUGGAGGCCUAGAACUUGAGCUUACACGGGGUCGGUGGGCCUGCCAGAGCUGUACCUUUGAGAAUGAGGCAGCGGCUGUGCUCUGUUCCAUAUGUGAGCGACCUCGGCUGGCCCAGCCUCCCAGCUUGGUGGUGGAUUCCCGAGAUGCUGGCAUUUGCCUGCAACCCCUUCAGGGGGAUACUUUGCUGGCCUCUGCCCAGACUCAAGUCUGGUACUGUAUUCACUGUACCUUCUGCAACUCAAGCCCUGGCUGGGUGUGUGUUAUGUGCAACCGGACAAGUAACCCCAUCCCAGUACAACAUGCCCCCCAGCCCCAUGCCAGCUCUUUGGAAAAGGGACUCCCCAAGCCUGGGCCCCCACGACGCCUUAGUGCCCCUCUGCCCAGUUCCUGUGGAGACCCUGAGAAGCAGCGCCAAGACAAGAUGCGGGAGGAAGGCCUCCAGCUAGUGAGCAUGAUCCGGGAAGGGGAAGCCGCAGGUGCCUGUCCAGAGGAGAUCUUCUCGGCUCUGCAGUACUCAGGCACUGAGGUGCCUCUGCAGUGGUUGCGCUCAGAACUGCCCUACGUGCUGGAGAUGGUGGCUGAGCUGGCUGGACAGCAGGACCCUGGGCUGGGUGCCUUUUCCUGUCAGGAGGCCCGGAAAGCCUGGCUGGAUCAUCAUGGCAACCUUGAUGAAGCUGUGGAGGAGUGUGUGAGGACCAGGCGAAGGAAGGUGCAGGAGCUUCAGUCUCUAGGCUUUGGGCCUGAGGAGGGGUCUCUCCAGGCAUUGUUCCAACAUGGAGGUGAUGUGUCACGGGCCCUGACUGAGCUACAGCGCCAACGCCUGGAGCCCUUCCGCCAGCGCCUCUGGGACAGUGGCCCUGAGCCCACCCCCUCCUGGGAUGGGCCGGACAAGCAGAGCCUGGUCAGGCGGCUUUUGGCAGUCUACACACUCCCCAGCUGGGGCCGGGCAGAGCUGGCACUGUCGCUGCUGCAGGAGACACCAAGGAACUAUGAGUUGGGGGACGUGGUAGAAGCUGUGAGGCACAGCCAGGACCGGGCCUUCCUGCGCCGCUUGCUUGCCCAGGAGUGUGCUGUGUGUGGCUGGGCCCUGCCCCACAACCGGAUGCAGGCCCUGACUUCCUGUGAGUGUACCAUCUGUCCUGAGUGCUUCCGCCAGCACUUCACCAUCGCCUUGAAGGAGAAGCACAUCACAGACAUGGUGUGCCCUGCCUGUGGCCGCCCUGACCUCACUGAUGACACACAGUUGCUCAGCUACUUCUCUACCCUUGACAUCCAGCUUCGAGAGAGCCUAGAGCCAGAUGCCUAUGCAUUGUUCCAUAAGAAGCUGACCGAGGGUGUGCUGAUGCGGGACCCCAAGUUCUUGUGGUGUGCCCAGUGCUCCUUUGGCUUUAUAUAUGAGCGAGAGCAGCUAGAGGCCACGUGUCCCCAGUGUCACCAGACCUUCUGUGUGCGCUGCAAGCGCCAGUGGGAGGAACAGCACCGAGGUCGGAGCUGUGAGGAUUUCCAGAAUUGGAAACGCAUGAACGACCCAGAAUACCAGGCCCAGGGCCUAGCAAUGUAUCUUCAGGAAAAUGGCAUUGACUGCCCCAAAUGCAAGUUCUCGUAUGCCCUGGCCCGGGGAGGCUGCAUGCACUUUCACUGCACCCAGUGCCGCCACCAGUUCUGCAGCGGCUGCUACAAUGCCUUUUAUGCCAAGAAUAAAUGUCCAGAGCCUAACUGCAGGGUGAAAAAGUCCCUGCACGGCCACCACCCUCGAGACUGCCUCUUCUACCUGCGGGACUGGACUGCUCUUCGGCUCCAAAAGCUGCUACAGGACAAUAACGUCAUGUUUAAUACAGAGCCUCCAGCUGGGGCCCGGGCAGUCCCUGGAGGUGGCUGCCGAGUGAUGGAGCAGAAAGAGGUUCCCAAUGGGCUCAGGGACGAAGCUUGUGGCAAGGAAACUCCAGCUGGCUAUGCCGGCCUGUGCCAGGCACACUACAAAGAGUAUCUUGUGAGCCUCAUCAAUGCCCACUCACUGGACCCAGCCACCCUGUAUGAGAUGGAAGAGCUGGAGACGGCCACUGAGCGCUACCUACGUACGCCCCCAGCCUUUGGCUGGAGAGGAUCCCCCUGCCUACCAGGCCCGCUUGUUACAGAAGCUGACAGAAGAGGUGCCCUUGGGACAGAGUAUCCCCCGCCGGAGGAAGUAGCUGAGAGCAAGGGUCCCAUGAGGGUCCCAUGGCCUGCUCCCUCAGGAACAGCUCCAGCACCAAUAAAGAGGAUGGCAUCAGGCAGGGCACGCUGUACCCGAAAACUCCGGAACUGGGUGGUGGAGCAAGUGGAGAGCGGGCAGUUCCCCGGAGUGUGCUGGGAUGAUGCAGCUAAGACCAUGUUCCGGAUUCCCUGGAAGCAUGCAGGCAAGCAGGACUUCCGGGAGGACCAGGAUGCUGCCUUCUUCAAGGCCUGGGCAAUAUUUAAGGGAAAGUAUAAGGAGGGGGACACAGGAGGCCCCGCUGCCUGGAAGACUCGCCUACGCUGUGCACUCAACAAGAGUCCUGAAUUUGAGGAAGUUCCUGAGAGGGGCCGCAUGGAUGUUGCUGAGCCCUACAAGGUGUAUCGCCUGCUGCCACCAGGAACCCUCUCUGGAGGGACUCAGAAAUCACCAUCAAAGCAACAGCACAGUUCUGUGUCUUCUGAGAGGAAGGAGGAAGAGGGUGCCAUGCAGAACUGUACACUCAGUCCCUCUGUGCUCCAGGACUCCCUCAAUAAUGAAGAGGAGGGAGCCAGUGGGGGAGCAGUCCAUUCAGACAUCGGAAGCAGCAGCAGCAGCAGCAGCCCUGAACCACAGGAAGGUACAGAUACAACUGAGGCCCCCUUACAAGGGGAUCAGGUGUCCCUGGAGUUUCUACUUCCUCCAGAGCCAGACUACUCACUGCUGCUCACCUUCAUCUACAACGGGCGCGUGGUGGGCGAGGCCCAGGUGCAAAGCCUGGACUGCCGCCUCGUGGCUGAGCCCUCAGGCUCUGAGAGCAGCAUGGAGCAGGUGUUAUUCCCCAAGCCUGGCCCACUGGAGCCCACGCAGCGCCUACUGAGUCAGCUUGAGAGGGGCAUCCUGGUGGCCAGCAACCCCCGAGGCCUCUUCGUGCAGCGCCUUUGCCCCAUCCCCAUCUCCUGGAAUGCACCCCAGGCUCCACCUGGGCCAGGCCCACAUCUGCUGCCCAGCAACGAGUGUGUGGAGCUCUUCAGAACUGCCUACUUCUGCAGAGACUUGGCCAGGUACUUCCAGGGCCUGGGCCCCCCACCCAAGUUCCAGGUAACACUGAAUUUCUGGGAGGAGAGCUGUGGCCCCAGCCAUACUCCACAGAAUCUUAUCACAGUGAAGAUGGAGCAGGCUUUUGCCCGACACUUACUGGAGGAGACUCCAGAGCAGCAGGCAGCCAUUCUGUCCCUGGUGUAGAGCCUGGGGAGCCCAUCUUCCACCUCACUUCUUUGUUCUGCCUGUCUCCUUUGAAAUAGACUCAUUCUUCACAUGAUUGACCUGUCCUCCUCGUGAUAAUUCUCAGUGGUUGUCUGUGAUAGUUGUGUCCUUAAAAUCCUCGCACACACUGGCUGGUGGAGAACUCAAGGCUAAUAUUUUGUCCUUUCUUUUUUUAAAUUUUUUAUUUUUUGGAUUUUGAGAUACACACCUUCUUUCAUGUGUAAGGGACUGAGAAAUUCAAACGGUGUGAACCCAGGGAUCUUUCCCUCUUUCCUGACCUCCCAACUCUAAAGCCAAGCACUUUAUAUUUUCCUCUUAGUUAUUCACUAAGGAUUUAAAAUAAAAUUUUAUUGAAAGAGGAA